UGACCAGACUCAGCUCACUCACCACCGCUCUUUCGCUGCAUUCUCCCUACGUCCUCCCUCAGAAUUUCCUAUAUUACCCCGGUGACCCAAUUGACCUUUUCCGAGUCCUCACAAUCACCACAGCGCUGUCUUUCGCAAUCUCGAGGCUCGAAUUCGACUCCGCCGCAUCCCCGCGAAUUCCUGCCCCACCAUGGCCACUGAAUUGUCGAUCGAGGAGAAGAAGGCUCUGAUAGAGUCGAAUUUGCAGGAGGUGUUGAAUCCAGAGAUUAUAGACGCGGUAUUGAAGGAGGGGCGGCCACUGAAGAUAUACUGGGGCACUGCAACGACUGGAAGGCCACACUGCGGAUACUUCGUGCCGUGUUUGAAGUUGGCCGAGUUCUUAAAGGCGGGAUGCAAUGUCAAAGUCCUUCUGGCAGAUAUCCAUGCCUUCUUGGACAACCUCAAAGCGCCCAUCGAGCUGGUCAAACUUCGCGCCGAAUACUACAAGCUCGUAAUCACCGAGCUAUUGAAGGCCGUGAACGUUCCAAUCGAUAAACUCACCUUCACACUAGGAUCGGACUACCAGUUAACGCCCGGAUAUACGAUGGAUUUGCUCCGGUUGAGCACGGCGGUCACAGAGCAUGAUGCGAAGAGGGCGGGUGCGGAAGUUGUGAAGCAAGUGGAUAAUGCGCCGCUGAGCGGCCUGAUCUAUCCGUUGAUGCAAGCACUUGACGAGGAAUACCUUGAUGUUGAUGCACAGUUUGGAGGUGUUGAUCAACGUAAAAUAUUCGCGCUGGCCAAAGACGUCCUACCUCGUGUAGGCUUCAAGGAGCGUGCCCAUUUGAUGAACCCCAUGGUGCCAGGUCUACAAGGCGGCAAGAUGAGCUCGAGCGACCCUGACAGCAAGAUCGAUCUUCUCGAUACCCCCGAUGACGUUCGCAAGAAGCUGAAGAAAGCCUUCUGUCCGCCUAAGCAGGUUGAGGAGAACGGCGUGCUCUCCUUUACCGAGUUUGUUCUGCUACCUGCAGGAACACUAAAGUACGGAAAACCACAGUUCGUGGUCGAGCGGAGAGACGCGGAGCCGCUAGUGUACACUAAUAUCAAGCAGAUGCAGGACGAUUGGAGGAAUGACGUGCUCACUCCUCAACUCCUUAAACCCGCUGUCACCGAUGCCCUUAUAGCUCUGUUGGCCCCCAUCCAAGCUGCCUACAAAGCUUCCAAGGAAUUCCAGGAAAUCGAGAAGAAGGCCUACCCGCCACCACCAGCACCGGAGAAGAAGAAGAAGGUGAAAAAGGACAAGGGAACCUUCUACCCCAAAAAAGUCGAGGCGAAGCCAGACGGCCAUGUCGAAGGUGCGGAUGCCGCGAAAGUCAAUCUAGGAACAGAAGGCGGCGAGAAGGCUAUCGAGACCCUGACGCUUGGGGAGAAGUCGUAGGAUCGAACGUGUCUAGGAUAGAUGCAUUAGAUUUGGAAGCAUUGUGCAUGUAGGGCCUGGAGUGUAGGUGUUCAAAUAGGUCUUCUUCAACUUCUCUUCCAAAGGUUCGCAAAGAAGCUAGCAUGGGAAUACCGCAGCUUAAAUUUGUCUAUACACGGACGCAAUUGGACUCGAACUACUCGAUACCCGCUCUGGAGUCCUGUAGUCUCUGCAAAAAGCGACGCUCCCCUAACCAGAUGAUACAUACAUACAUUCACUAUCCCACACGUGAUACUCACGUUACCAAUCUACGAC